GAUUGUUUAUGUGUAUGUGUCAAAACUCAAAACUCAUGUAAAUAAUAUUUUUUGAAGAAAAAAGAAGCAGAAGAAAACAGAAACUUUUAACUUGCUCUGUGAACACAGAACACUAGUACUCCUAGCGGAGCAGAGGAAUAACAUCAGAUUAACUUAGUUACGGGGUCUUCUAUAAUAACUUAGUCAUGAAUCAAAUGAACAUGCAUGUACCGAUGAACCCUGGUGGUGCCAUGGGCGCUGCUCCCAACGUACCAAUGCAAAUGCCUGUAUCUGGUCAAAUAAUGCAACAACCAUCGCCACAACAAAUGCAGCCAGCAAUGCCACAACAAACCCAACAGGAUAAAAUGGAUAAUAUAACUAAAGUCAAAACUUUAAUGGGCUCUUUACGAGAAUCACUACCGAUGACGUUAAAAUCAGCUGCUCAAAUCUUGCAUCAAAAUCACAGCGUGGAUUGUAACACACAAAAAGGGCUUGAAAAUCCUGCAUCAAGGUUUGACAAAAAUUUAGAAGAAUUUUUUUCAUUAUGUGAUCAGAUGGAAUUGCACUUGCGAACAGCAAUAACCUGUAUCCAGCAAGCGCAAUCAGCUGCUCAUUAUCUGCCGCUCACUGUUAUACCUUCUAGAAUGGACUCGGGUCCUACCUCACAAGAAACAACUUUAAGCUACCCUCAAUAUUUAAACACAGUUCGACUUCAAAUAUCGUAUGCAAAAGACAUCCACGAUACAUUAGUGGCAGCUGCACAAAAUAUAUCUCCAACUGAAUGACCGGAAAGAAAUUAAACACAAUAAUUUAAGAAUAUUAUUUAUUAAGACUAUUAAAAAUUUCAAACAAUAAAACAUUUUAAAUAA